AUUUUUCACCUUUUACUUUCCCAGUUUUUGAUAGCGCUUUCUGAGACUCCAUCUGCAGCAUGGCCUCGUCCAGAUCAAACGCCCGUAUCAUUCGGUUUGCCAUCUUCGCGCUCGUGUUGAUCGGCUGCGGCUACAUCCUCACCAGAGGCUCCGCUUACAACUUCACACCACCAUCUCCCGGCAACAAGGAUGCAACUCCUGUAGCCUCGGAGUCCCCCGCCGAACAGCAGGCAAAGGGAGACCAAUUGGUAUUCAACAAAAACGAAAAGAUCAAGGCUACCUUUGUUACCUUGGCCAGAAACUCUGAUUUGUUUUCCCUUAUGGACUCCAUCAGAUCAGUCGAAGACAGAUUCAACAAUAAGUACAACUACGACUGGGUCUUCUUGAACGACCAGCCCUUUGACGAAACCUUUAUUGAAACCACCACUGCCGCCUGUUCUGGUAAGACCAAGUACGGUUUGAUCCCUAAGGAGCAGUGGUCGUACCCUCCUUGGAUUGACCAGGAAAAGGCUGCCCUUGCCAGAGAAAAGAUGAGAGAAAAGAAGAUCAUCUACGGUGGCUCUGAGCCAUACAGACACAUGUGUCGUUACGAAUCCGGUUUCUUCUGGAGAGCUGACGAGUUGAAGGAAUACGAAUACUACUGGAGAGUUGAGCCUGAUGUCAAGAUUUACUGUGAUAUCAACUACGACAUUUUCAAGUGGAUGAAAGACAACGGAAAGGACUACUCCUUUACCAUCUCGUUGCCAGAGUACAAGGAAACCAUCCCAACUUUGUGGGAAACAACCAGAAAGUACAUUGAUGCCAACCCUCAAUUCUUGGCCAAGGACAACUUGAUGGAAUGGAUUUCUGACGAUCAGGGUAAAACCUACAAUGGAUGUCAUUUCUGGUCCAACUUUGAAAUCGGUAACUUAAACUUCUACAGAGGCGAUGCCUACCGUCAGUACUUCGAGCAUUUGGACAAAGCUGGUGGGUUCUUCUACGAAAGAUGGGGUGAUGCUCCUGUGCACUCCAUCGCUGCUGCUUUGUUCUUGCCCAGAGACAAGAUCCACUUCUUUGAAGAUGUAGGCUACUACCAUGUUCCUUUCCAUAACUGUCCUGUAGACAAGGAAGUUAGAUUUGCCAGAAACUGUAACUGUGAUCCAAACAAGGAUUUCACCUGGAGAGGUUAUUCGUGCACCACCAAGUACUACACUGUCAACAACUUGAAGAGACCCAAGGGUUGGGAAAAGUACACCCAAUAA